GGCGCUCAGUUUACGUUUCGGCCGCGUCGCCUUCAGUUCCCCAGUGUUUCGUGUCCAGGCUGCACUUCAUCCGCGGAGGCGCCUGCGAUUGCAAGAGCAAAAACAUAAUCAGAAUCAGAACCGAAAACAGAAACUCAUUGUCAUUCAUAGCUUAGCAUAGUUGCUGCGUGAUUGUGUGUGCGUGGAUUCCGCCAGUGCGAGUGCGUGAGUGCGUAAAACCGAAGGCGUCCGUAGUUUUCCACAGGACAUUACACCAGUGAUUAGGACUAGCGAGAGAGCGAGCGAGCGGAAGCACUUCCUCCGUAGCCACCACUGUCGUCUCCUGUUCCUGUUCCCGCAUCCAGGACGUCGGCCAUGAAGCACUCGCCGCUGAUUGCCAGCGUUUGUCUGGCGCUGGUGUUGAUGUCAUCCAGCCUGAUUGGCAGCUCGGAGGCCAGAAACAAGAAGAAGUACGUCGGCGAGACGGGCGGCGAUUUCGAGUUUAUCGAUGAGAUAAACAAAAACACGCAGAACAACAAGAAUCUCGGGGAGCACAAGCGCUGGAUACACGAUCCCUCGAGUGACCUUUGCCGACCGCUGAACUGCAAGAAGCGUGAAAUUUGCCUGCUGGAGGACGAGUUCAGUGCCGUUUGCGUGUCGAAGAAGGAGCUCCACAAGAAUCGUGAUGAGAUAAUCACCAAGGCCAAGUACUUGGAGGAGGAGGCCAAGCGGCGUGUCAACCAGCAGGACAACCAGGACAGCCAGGAUGCGGAGGACAUCAACAACGAUGACGAGGACAACAGCAGCGACGGGGGCACCAGCAAUGCCAGCCCCACUGGCCCCAACAACAAUGCCCAGGCCAAUGUCCAGGGAAACGAGGAGACCGACGACGAAGAUAAGAGCCUCAGCCUGGGCGACGACGACGAGUCCAAGGAGGAUGAUGUCUUCUACGAGAACAGCAUCGCCGGCGGCGAUAAGCAACAGCAACAACAGCAGCAGCAGCAAUCCCAGCCCCCAGCAGCUCCCUCCGCUAUUCAGCAGGACGACGACGAGGAGUUGGACAACUGCAAGCCCUGUCCUGUGGCCAAGCCGACGUUCCUGUGCGGUGCCGACAACAAGACCUACUCAUCACUAUGCAGAUUGGAUUAUCACAAUUGCAUACAUUCGACGUCCAUACGGAUCGCCUGCAAAGGAUUCUGUCCCUGCAAGGAGAGCGUCGAUGGCAAGCGGCUGCAGCGUAUCGGCGGUUACAACAAGUACAACAAGAAGAUCAACCUGGACCUCCAGCAGCAGCAACAACAGCAGCAGGCCUACAAGGACAGUAGCAACAACAACAUCAUGAUGAACAGCGGCAACAUUAUGGGCGGCAACAACAAUGACUUCAACACGAUCAUGAAUGACAAGGAGGACAAUAACCGGCACAACAACCACAUCAAUGCCCAGUACACAUUCACGCCCGAGGAGAUCAAAUAUGACAACAAGCACUACAAGUACCUCAAGUACACGGCCUACAAGAAGGACUCCAAGUAUCAGGAGGACAAACGCAAGAUGCGCAACUACAACGAGGUGGUGGAGAAGCAGCAGCAGAAGUUCAAUAAGAAUAACAACUUGAAUGCUUAUCCCUCGAAGUCGGCGGAGUGCAAGCCGCAGCAGCUGACGGCGAUUGGCAACCGUCUGCUCGACUGGUUCUCGGUGAUCAUGGCCGACAGCAAGAAGCGGCGCCAGCACAGCCAGAAGUCGAAGGCCCACUUCCCGCCCGCCUGCAAGACGGAGGCCAAGUGGAUGUUCGGCCAUUUGGAUCUGAACAACGACGGCCAGUUGUCCCUGCAGGAGAUGUACGAUCUGGAGCACGACCAGAACGAGCGGUGCAUCAAGCCGUUCAUCGACACCUGCGACCUGGACACCGACAGCUCCAUCAACACCAGGGAGUGGUGCCGCUGCUUCGAGAAGACGGACCGUCCGUGCGCCGCCGUUCGCCGGAGAAUCGCCGGCGACUUUGCAGGUGAGAUAGGCGCCUACGCACCGGACUGCGACAUCCAGGGAUUCUACAAGCCCACCCAGUGCCACAAUUCGGUGGGAGUCUGCUGGUGCGUGGACAAGCACGGAGUCGAGUUCGCCAACACACGCACACGCGGCAAACCCAACUGCGAGUCCGUGGUUAAUAACGCCGCUUCGCUCACAUCCGACGACGAGGACGAGGGCGAGGGCGCCGAUGACGAGGACAGCGCGGAGGGGAGUGCCGAUCAGAUGCUGGUUUUCUAAGCGUCCCCGAGACCCCAUGACCCUGAGCUCCUUCAGCUGGGGCAACCCGUAGCCCUGGGCCCUGGCGCAUCAUCCAAUCAGCGAGCUAGCGUUAUAACAGAAAAUUAAUAUUAUUAUUAUUAUUAUGAUUGCAAACAGAGCGAGGAAGUAAAGUAAAGGCAAACGCAGCAGCGAAAACCCGAAACCAAAUCGAAAAAACAGAAAACAGAAAACCAGAAACAUAAAUGUGCAGUAGCCAAGUAAGCGUUUUUGAAUAGAACUACGAAUAGCAAACAGCAGAAGCAGCAAAACACACACACACUCACACACCAUCUAACACUCCAUGCCAUCGAGGAUAACUAAAAGGAGCCACAGGACGAAGAGGAGGGCGAAAGCCAAAGAGAAACUGUAGCAUAGUUGAAGGCGCAUCGCACGCAAAUUGGCAAAUCGCUGAUGUAGGAACCAAAAAAAAAGAAAAA